AUAGGAUUAAAACAGUUUUGUUUACUUGUUUGUCCUAAUUUUCGUAGAAAAAAGUUGCAACCAUGUUUCAGUCUGUGUUCGAUGAUAUGCGGCGAAUGAAUAAACGGCAGUACCUAUACCAAAUAUUAAGUUUCGGUAUGAUCGUUUCGUCCGCUUUAAUGAUCUGGAAAGGUUUGAUGGUUGUAACUGGCAGCGAGAGUCCGAUCGUGGUGGUUCUCAGUGGUAGUAUGGAACCAGCAUUUCACAGGGGGGAUUUGUUAUUUUUAACAAAUUACCAAGAUGAGCCAGUCAGAGUAGGAGAAAUUCUUGUUUUCAAAGUUGAGGGUAGAUAUAUUCCAAUUGUACACAGAGUCCUUAAGCUACAUGAAAAGGGUGAUGAAAACAAUACUGUUAAAUUUCUAACAAAAGGUGAUAAUAAUUCUGUUGAUGAUAGAGGUUUAUAUGCACCUGGUCAAUUAUGGUUAACACAUAAAGAUGUUGUUGGUAGGGCAAGGGGUUUCUUACCAUAUGUAGGAAUGAUUACAAUAUUCAUGAAUGAAUAUCCCAAAUUGAAAUAUGUAGUAUUAAUAUGUUUGGGAAUAUAUGUUUUGAUACACAGAGAAUAAAAGUAUUUCAUGUAAGAAAUUAUAUGAAAUAGACUGCCUGAACAUCUAAGAAAAGUGUAUUGUAAAAUUAAAUCCUACUUGACAAUUCAAAUACACAUGUGGAAAUAUGUACAAUGUAAUUUUAUGUCUUGUUGAUUUUAUACCACUAGAGAAACCUUCUGCAUGCAAGAGGUCAGGAGAUGUAACAGUUUUGCGAAAUUGUGUGUACUUACAAUAGU